CUGUCACUGGAAGCUGCAAAACAUCUCCUCAGAAGAUUUCCAGCACAGACUCAGUCAGGAUAACACCCUCUCACACAAGCAUGAAGGUGGCAUAUAUUCUCCUGGCCCUGACCCUGUUUGUCUUGUACUCAGCUCCUGUCAUCAAAGCCAAAGGGGUUAAUUGUUUUCGCAAGCCGGAAACUGUGUGCACAAAGGAGUAUAAUCCCCACUGUGGUUCUGAUGGUCAGACCUAUGAUAACAGGUGUUUUUUCUGUAAUGCAUAUAUUGCAAGUGGAAGAACACUUAGACUGAAGUACCAUGGAAAAUGCCAUUAAAUAUGAAGAUGCAUAGGACUAAAACCCAUUAAGGAAUAGCUAGCACACUUGAUGUUUCACUCAAAGCCUCCCAACAAGGAAAUCCUUCGGGUUCUGCUUUGUUUUCCACUGCAUAUCUUCAAAAUGUCUUAUUUUCAUUGGCUAAAAGCCUAUCAGUGUGAAGGGUUUGUGUAACUUCACAUAGCUAAUUAGAGUUAAUUGGUGAGAUACUGAGGCAUAUCUUGGGUGUAUGUCUGGUCAAAUGAGCAACAGUGCAGAUCUUCUUCAAACACCGAUAGGACUCUGUCCAUUUAUUAAUAAAGCAAGCUAAGCAUCCUGCUCUACCA